UCGAUCAUAUGCUCGGCAGUUACAUGAACGACUGUUCAAGAUAUCCUUUCAACCAAUCAAACUCUCGCAAAGCAUCAGCACCAAGCGGGUCGACAGCGCGCAACCUUAUGGAGUACAGCUUGCUGAAAGCGUGGAAGAUCCGCGUGCCAGAGCCAUCGUCCCAAAGGCAAAAUCGCGUUGAAGGCCGACGCAGUGACGGCUUCGUGAUCUUGCAUCCACGCCAGGGGCCUCCCAUGACCGCAGCGCCAGUGUGGAAGCAAUCGUGUCGACCGCGGUGCACGUUAUCGCCAACGUCCCCAACGAAACAAGUCGUUCUUGAAACAAGUCCGACCGGCAAAAUCGGAACGGCUUGGUCUAGCAACGUGUCGCCAAGUCGACGUCCAACAUUACGGCAUCCAGGCACAUGCAAGCGUUACGACAGCAUGAAAGGCAUCAUCGAGCAUGACAUUUGCAAAAGCACCACGCAGUACCAUGCGCUGAGGCAUGGGAAACCAACCACGUCGAACACCAACAAAUCCACAACAACGUCGAGAGAGCAACUUCGCCACAUUCGGGAAGGCGCCAGUGGCGACAAAGUGUCUACGCUCCAUUUGGCUGAGCGAUUGAUGGUGUGCGAUACAGACGUCGCCAUGAAGCGGCAGCCAGCAGCUCGUCCGCCGUGGCCCAAAGAGUAUGUGGCUAAUUACUUGACUGCUGAAAGCGAAUUGGCGUUAAGUGACGCCAAGUGGAAAGUCUCCAUGACCGAAGAGAGGCAGCAGAGGUUUGACGCGCAUUGCGAUCUCGUGGCUCAGGGGCGAGAUGGCACGACCGCGGACACGAAACGAAUGGAGGGAGGACCGCCCUCCCAAGUCCAAACGCGGUCAAACCCUCCGCCGUUCAAGUCCAAGCAUCACUUUCGAGACAAAGUGAACUCUUGGAAAGUUGAACUCGGUGGAGACUCCGAAGAGUCGAUGGCUGCUGCUUCGGAAGACGCAGCGUUGUUCAAGACACAACAGAUGCUGCUGCGUUCGCAUAAACUCUCAGGGGCGGAAGGCAUGUUUGGCAAGCGCAGGCUACCCUUGAAUAAUCACCGGGGACUGACGUGGCAGCGCACAAUUCCACGGCAGCCCAAGGCAACUUCCGCCGUGAUGGGUAUCGCGUGAAGAAAGUAGCCCCUCCGCUGUCCUCCUCGUGCCGUUGUGGCGACCUUUGGACCGAUCGCCUUUGUGUCUGCCUAUCAAGGUGAGCCAAUCACUGGCCUCGAUUGCUUGAAAAUUCCCACGGUGUCGUCGGCUGAAAGCGCGCGUCUGAUUCAACGCUUUCGACACGUUGCGUUUUAAUGUUUCCAACGCGAUCUUCCAAGAUAAAACCGAAUUUGCAGUGGGUUUUACGUGGUGGCACCUGAUCGGGUUUUGCAUUCUGUACGCAU